ACAUCUACUCUUAUGAUUUUUGUGAUUUUAUAGCCAGAAAUAUGAUCAUGGAAAAGCUGGAUAUACGGACGAUCUACAUCAUUUUUGCUUCCGCCUUUCUGGUGAAUCCGGUAUUACUUCAAAAUAACACAACAACAAUUUCUACCUCACAAAUCAGCAGCAGUCAAGUUCCUCCGUCAACAGCAACUAUGACAAUAGUCACCACCCCAUCAGCAACAAACACAACCAUAACAACAACAGAAAGUGCAACAACACCUAUGUCAACUGACCCCCUAACAACAACAACCAUGCCAACUAACCCCCCAACAACUCCAUUGGCAACCAAUACAACUCUAAUGGCAACAACUCCAUUGGCAAUAACAACACAACCAACCAUCACUACAACAACAGAACCAAUGACAACCGCUGUUCCUAUUGGCAUUGGUAAAAACUGUAGCAGUUCACCAGGAUCUUGUGAAUCCAGUGAUUCUAAUUCAGAAUGUAAAGAUGAAACCUGUCAGUGUAAAAUUGGUUUCUUCCUAUGGAAUACUACAUGUAUAGCUCUUACCUCUUUAUUACCAACUUCACUUAGUCUAAAUUCUACUGAAACAGCUAUUACUGUUGCAUGGGUUAGGCCAACUGGUCUAAAUUCUUCUGAGUAUAAAUUAGAGUUUAAUGUAACAGUAAAGGGAGACAACUUUGAUCAAACCAACACGACCAAAGAGGAGAUAAUUACAGUCAGUGGACUUACAGCUGGACAGAUUUAUAAUGUAUAUGUUUUAACAGUUUUUAAUGAUAGUAUACCGUCAGAGAGUAUAAAUGGAAGUGUUGCAACAACACCAAACCCACCUGAUUGUCCUCAAUACAGAAAUAGUUACAAUGCACCAAAUAUUAACAUCACAUGGAACCAGACAGCUGGAGCAGAUAGAUACGGUGUUAAAUUUGAAAAUCGGACUUCUUUGUAUGUGAAAACAGCAAUGGCUGAAAUUGAUAAUCUUGUUCCUGGAAGGAACUAUACAUUAACUCUGAAAACUUAUAUGCAUAAUAAGACGAGUGAUGAGGGAACAUGUGUUAUUAGGACUGAAUCAGAAGUGCCUGAUCCUCCAAAAAAUGUUACACUGGUUGGUACAGUGGGCAAAACUAACUUUAACAUAAGCAUCAUUGCGCCUGAUGAUCCGAGAGGAGACAUUGAUGGUUACAGAAUAAACAUUUAUGGAAAAAACUAUGAGGACAAGAACUUUACCUAUAGGAAUUCUGUUUUCAUCGGUGACACUAUGGACAACAUUUAUCAAGUUACUGGCUUACAAGCAGGAACCUUUUACAGCAUACAAGUUUACACAGUCAAUGAUAAAUUUAACAGCAGUGACAGUUUAAACUUAACUGGUCUUAGAACAGCACAAGAUGUUCCUGAGGCAAUAACCAAUUUUACACCAAUAUCUUCGAAUGACAGUUUUAAAGUAAUGUUUGAAAGGCCGAAUGUAUCCAAAGGUGAUAUUAUUGGUUAUAGAAUACGUGUAUCAGACCAUAAGACUUGUAUAAAAGAAUUUUAUCUACAGAACACAAGUUUUUCUCCAUCAGGCACUGCAUGUUCUCCUGCCAUAAACAGUUCAAUCACACCAAUCAAGUUAAAUCAAAAGGAGAUGAAAUUGAAUGUUACAGAUUUGGAACCUUCAAUUGACUACAUAGUAAACAUUUGGGCCUACACUUCAGUGGGUGAAGGGAGCCUCUUCAAUGUAACUGUUAUGACUGGUAUUUCAGCACCAUACAAGCCAAGAAAUGUUGAAGCAGUAGGUAAAACAAAGUCAGUCUUGGUGACAUGGAAAGAGCCAGAGAAGAGAACUGGAAAGACCUCCUACAUUGUAGAAGCUUUUGAUUAUCUUUUUAAUAGAAGUGUUGUUGGAUGUAACACACCAACAUUUACAGCAACUUCAUGUACAGUGACAAAUUUAGAAGACUUUUGGAGAUACACAUUUCAAGUAACAGCUAAAGUUGGGAACUGGACAAACGCAUCUGAUAAAACUGCUGUGAUAACAACUUUGGCAGGCACACCAGGCAAGCCAGCAAAAUUUGUUACAUCCCUUGAAGACAAAGGAUGCAAGGCUACUCUUUCUUGGUGGACUCCUGUCCUAAAAGACAGAAAUGCAGAUAUAAAAAGAUAUACAAUAUUUAUAGAUGCAGAAAAAGAGAUUUACACUGUCAAUGAUCAUGAUCCUUACAAUAAGAUGAAUACACAGUUUUUCAAAACUUUUACAUUUAGAAAGGAGACAACCAUUACAGUAUUGAUAUUUUCUGGUGUUAAGGAAUAUACCAGUGAUAGAAAGGAUGCUGAAUUACGAUAUGUGGAUACUCAUGGUUGUUAUGAUCCUCUGACAGGUGGAGAAAUAGCAGGUAUAAUUAUAUGUGUGCUACUGUUAUUAGCUGUUUUUGGAAUGGUUGGCUUCAUGGUUCAUAAGAGAUGGGAAUGUGUAAAAGCGUAUCUGCCUGAAUUUAGAAGACGACAAUCAUCUGGAGAAUUUGAACCUUUGCAACCACCGCCAGAAAGGUACAGGUUGAAUAACGAGAGUAUGAAAAGACCUAUUGUAUUGAGUGCCAUUGGAGACUUUUUGAGAAAGUACCACGCAGAUGACAACAGACUCUUUAUUGGAGAGUAUGAAGAUUUAAAGCAGUUGAGUCCAAGACACACAACAAAUUCUGCUAACCUUGAUGAAAACAAGCCAAAGAAUAGAUACACCAAUAUAUUACCUUAUGACCACAGCAGGGUAAUCUUAGCUCCAAUGGUAGACGAGGAAGACUCUUCAGAUUAUAUCAAUGCUAAUUAUAUACCUGGCUAUAUCUAUGGUAAGGAGUUUAUAGCUAGCCAAGGACCAUUACCAGGUACAGCUAAUGACUUUUGGAGGAUGAUCUGGGAACAGAGUGUGUCCAUCAUAGUCAUGUUAACAAAGUGUAGUGAAAAUAACAUGGAUAAAUGUGAACAUUACUGGCCCCAUGAUGCCAAUGAACCAAAGUGUUACAAUGAUCUUAUGGUCAAUGUUACCUCUGUAUCAAACAUGGGACAAUAUGAUAUUCAUGUCAUGGACGUUUGUCUGGGAGAUGAGAAGAGAGUUGUAAAGCAUUUCCACUUUUUAGAGUGGCCAGAUUUUUCAGCCAAAGUAGAGACUACAACAUUAAUUGAAUUCAUUACUACAGUGCGACAACAUAUCACACCUGAUAUUAAAGGUCCUACAGUCACACAUUGUAGUGCUGGUGUUGGUAGAACUGGUACAUUUAUUACUGUAGACUACUUGAUGCAGUUUGUUCAGGAACAUGACUUGUCAUCACAAGUAGACAUAUUUGACUGGGUGAUACAGAUGAGAGACCAUAGAACAACAAUGGUGCAAACAUGGGCACAAUAUGCUUUUAUCCAUGACUGUCUCUUAGAAAUAGUAGAAAGGAAGAGAAAGUUACAGAAUCCUGAACCUGAAGAAAAUGGAGAAGUUUGCAUUGAUAAUUUAGCUUAUGAACCUGAUGACCUGUAUGAAAAUACCAAACUUGGACCACUUCAGACAGAAUUAUGAUGAAUCCAUUCAUAAUAUCAUUUCUCAUUCCAGUGUAUAUAUAACAUGUGCUAAUCAAAUAUGGUGCAACAAAUUAAAACAUGCUUUUAUAUGCUAUAUAACUACACAAGAUGUACUCUAGUUCGAUUAGGUAGAAUGAAAACUUCUGGUCAAUGGUGCAUGAAUUGUAUGUCACUGCUGACAGAUGCAUCUUUACAUUUAGUGAUUGUAAAUUCAAUGGUGCAUAAAAUGUUUGUCACUGCUGUUAGAUGUACUUUUCAUUUAGUGAUUGUAAAGUCAUUGGUGUAUGAAAUGUAUGUCACUGCUGACUAAUGCAUUUUUACAUUUAGGUCAAUGAUGCAUGAAAUGUAUGUUACGGCUAACAGAUGCAUCUUUACAUGAAGGUAUUGUAGAUUUGUAAGUUUGUGCAAACAGUGAUUUAUUAUCAUCACUAAUGGUAUAAGACUUUAUGACUUUCAAAUCUGGUGAAUGAACAGGAAGUGUAACUGUUAUCCUAGUUGUUAAACAUAAUCCAGUCUCUUCCAAUACAGAGGUGCUAAAAGAUGCUGAUUGAGCACAAAUUAGGACAGAUUUCUUGAUCAAAUAUAGAGAAAUGUCAAAUGUUUGUAUGAAUGUAAGCAAUUUUCUAAUGUUAGUUUCCAUUGAACAUAACAUAAACUUACAUUAAAGCUUUAUAUUUUAAGAGCUUUAUAAUUUAUGAUAACUUAUCUUUUAGUACCUUAUAUUUGUAAGAGCUUUAUAUUUGUGAGAACGUAGAAUCUGUUAGGGGUUUAUAUUAUUUACAUUUAUAAGAGCUUUAAUUUGUUACAGCUUUAUAUUUCUUAAAAUUUUAUAUUUGUUAGGGCUUUUUGUUUAGAAAUCUAAUGAUUUGUUAAAAUUUGAUCUGUUUUAUGUUUUGAAUUUUGUUGUUACAAAAAUGUUUUGUUUGUGAAUUGUCAAAUUGUUGGUUUGACAUGUGCUUGAUCUGUUUUCUUUUUUUUAAAAACAUUAAUUAUUUCUUGCCAUGACAUAGUCCAUGUAUUCAUAUAUUCAGAGUCAUUAGAAACAUGCAUUAAGAUAAGUUUAUGUAUAAUAUUGAGGUUGAAUCUUUACAAUAAAAGUAUCAAAACUACCCUUUCAAAAGUAUGAAAUUGACAGAAGUUCUUCUAAAUGAAUUGGCCUCCUUUUCUCUAUUUGACCUUUGCAACACUUAAAUUUCAAAAUUAAUGAAAAUUUCAAAAUUGAAUUAAAUUUCGAAAACAUUUUGUUUAAUAAGUUUUGUACAAUUAUUUUCAGUUGUAUAUUUGUUUUUAUACGACCCCCAAAAAAAAUUUUGGAUCGUAUAAUGGUAUGAUGUCGUCGGCUGCGUCGUCGUCCGAAGACACAUUGGUUUCCGAAUAAUAACUUUAGUUUAAGUGAAUAGAUCUUCUUGAAUUUUUUUCAGAAGGUUCAAUACCACAAAAGGAAGGUUAGGAUAAUAACUUGUGUAAAAGUAUUUCAAUUGCUCUGAAAUCAUACCGCAAUGUUUAAAACCACAAGUAGAAGGUUUGGAUUCAUUUAUGGGGUUAUGGGGCCAAAGUUUAGGAAUUAAGGGCCAAAAAGGGGUAAAAACAAGCAUUUUUCUAGUUUCAAGACAAUAACUUAUGUUUAAGUGUAUGGAUCUCUCUGAAAUUGUACUACAAGGUUCAAUACUGCAAUGGAAAGCAUGGGAUUGAGUUUAUGAGUUAUUGCUCCAAGGGGGUUUCAAAAAGUUGGGGGGGGGAUUUUUUGUUUACCAUUUUUUGAAUGGCUUCCUUUUCUUGAAAUUUUUCAAAUUUCGAAUUUUGAAAAGUUUCAAGAAGAAAUCUUCAAUUGCACAGUAUUGUGCAAUAGAUUUGUUAGAUCUUUGACCACGUUAAUUUUGUGACAAAAACCUGUAUUAUGUCAAAAAUUUUAUCACAAUCCAAAUUCAGACAGAAUCAAGCUUGCAUAUUGUGACCAAAUUUGCCCCAACUGUUCAGGAUUCAACCACUGGGGUUGUAUAAAGCUGCACCCUGCGGAGCACCUGGUUGGUAUGCUGUUUUGGGUAUAUGUGAUAUUUACUCAGAAGUUGAGCAAUUUUAUGUGAAAGCCUUUCUUAGGAUUAAUGUCUCGUACAAACAAAUUGUCAACCUCAGAUAUUUUUUCUUAUGUCCAAUUAACUAGUCAGCUUCAACCCAUACUAUAAAUGUUAUCCAAACCAAACUGAUAUCAAAAGCAGUUUGUUGUGCCUAAGCUGUUUUAAAGGAAAAUAUUUAAUAUAUUGCAUCUUUGAAAAUGUCCAUAAUGACUGCAAUGUCAAAAUACCAUUUGAUGUUUUUACAAUGUAGCAGUCAGGUUGAUCAGUAAAUAGACCUCUAUAACAGUCUUUUUCGUUUCUCAAUAUUAUUUAUUAGAACAGUAAAGCUGAAAUUGGAUGUGCUUAUAAUCUCUAUCUUGAGCAACAAAUGAUCAUGAACCUCAGUCUUCUAAUAACACUUGUGAAUUUCACGUGAGUAAUAUCAGCUGUUUUGCUUGUCUGAGUCAAUAUUAGCAAAAAUUGGUUUUCAGGCUCAACCGAUUAAAGCUUCCAUGUUAUCAAUUAUAUAUAUUUUAUCUGUAUGUGUACAACAAGUAAAUAUUUGAGAUUUGUGUAUAAUUGUUUUUUACUAAGUUUAAUUUAAGAAAUGCAUUUUUUGUAUGUAUAUAUUGUUAUUGUUAUACAAAAAUUGUAAAUAUAUUUUCUAACAUCUUUAUGUGCAUAAUAUAUGAUUUUGCUUAUAUGUGUAAUUUCAAACUUUACCAAUUAGUCAUAUAGGUUACAAAUGUGAUAUACAUUUUUAUCUCCAAACGAUUUCUCUAAAUUUUUUACCAUUUGCAACUUUUUGUCAUUUUCUCCAUAGAAAUUUGUAUUUGAAUAUAGCAAAAAACAAACACGUGAAUUUGACCAAACUUAGGCUAGAUUGAUAACAGAUAAUUUUUAUAUAAGUCUGACGUAUGGCUUUCAUCCACUGCAUUGUCAUUGUUCACCAUUGUUGUUAAGAAGGCACUGACGUCACCUCAUGUUGAAUCAGGGCACAAUAACCAAUAUACCAAUUUUUGCACAAGGCAAUUUUGAGGUUAUUACAUAUGCAAAACCAAAGUAUUUGUAACAAAUAUGUGAUAAGAAGGAAUAUAUCUAUGAUCAUGGGAUAUACAGGUAUUUCUUCACACUAUUUAUUUGGAUUGAAUUAUAUAUUGCUAAAUUAUGUAAAUUAAUAUUUUUUGUGUAAUGUUGAGUUACUACUUUAAAUUGCUUAAAAAAUGUUGAAAAGACAUUUGGCUUGCUUUUAAUGGCACUCAUCUCUAGUAUAAAGUAAAUAAAUAUAAGUUUAUAAAUUACCUAAAAAUGUAUCUCAGACCCAUUAGGGCUUUCAACAACUGAAAGUGGACAGCCUCUAGUUGUAAUGUGUCUGAUAUUUAAACUUAGAUAAAAAUUAUCAAUGUCUUAUAUACACUUAUUCAGAUGGACGAAAAUUACUUUUAUCCAUAAAUUCCUGAGCGCUUACAUUGUUAUGACAUUUCUUAGAACUUUCCCAAUUGAAAUUUUGUAAAAAUUUCUUUCAAGUGUAAUUUUAUGAUGCUUGAAAAUAACUCAUAAUUUGACAAUGUAUGGUUCUAUUUAAAAUCUAGAAAAAAAACAUCACCCACCUGCCAAAAUAUGCGAAUUUAUGAAAAUGCAGAUUAGAAAUUUCUUUCAGUUACUGAUGUUUAUAAUUGAGUUAACCAUUUUAAAGAUCUGAAUUAUUAUAAUUUCAGAUUUUUAAUGUCAAAAAGAUAUGAUGAUAAUUCAGUGAAAACUUAAAAUGUUUUGUUUUUCUAUUUGAAAAAAUUAUUUUGAAUGGGGACCAGAAAAUUUGAAAGUACUGGUAGUAGUUUUGUUUAUACAAGAGUCAUUCAGUAAAUAAUCUACUUAUGUUAAGCUAAAGUUUUUAAGCAAUCAUAAAUCAAUACAUAAAUUCAAAAACUUAAAUAAAUCAAACAGAUCAUAUUGCAAAAAUAUAAAUUUUAAUUCAAAACCUUGAGUAUUGGCAUAAAUAAGAAACCCAAGUAAAAUGAUUUCACUUUUAGUGUAUCCAGUUAUUUUGCUUAGCAUGGCCGACAGUUGUUUUGUUAAUUGUAAAAAAGAUAUGUUUUGUAUUAAUAUAAUCCAAAUAUACAUUGAAACCUUUGAAAUCUACAAAGUUUUGUACAUACUGUUUUUCUCUGAGUGUAAAUGAUAUUUUUAUUAUGUAUUUGUUAAUUCUAUUAACAUAGUUUAUUUAUAUAUUUUAUUAUGAAGUUUAUUUUUGUAUCAUAUUUCCAUACACUAUACAGAUUUUGUAUGAAUUCCAUAGAUUUAGGCUUAUAUCGGCCACUUUUGAAUGCAUAAAAGACAUUUCUUUAGUAAACAAGGCAUAUGUUAUGUGUGUCACAUUUAUCAUAUCCCUGCCAACUAAAGCAGUAGUAUAUUUUAAAGAGUGUUGACUUCAUGUCCACCCCAACUUUGUAUCAGCUAUUUUUUAUGACUGUAGAGAACAUAGUUUCUGAAACACAUGCUUUGAUAAUAUUUUUUUUAAAUAUCCAAAUGUGAUUUGGGGUUUCCCAUUUUAAAAUCAUAGCAUUUGCCAAGAGUUGUUGACAUCUUGACAGUAUUGACACAAAGUGGGAAUGAAUAAUAAACUGUUAACCGAUUUUUCAAGUUUAAGAUCUGGAAAUUGAUUUGAUAUUUAUUCAAACUGUCCUAGGACAUAGUAGCAUAUCUUUAUCAGAUUUGAUUCAUUUUUUAAGAUUUAUAAAGAGCUGUUUCAGACUGAGACUGAACUGCAGAGAUUUGACUUGUCAUCUGAAGCAAGCUGUUCAAUUCAGGGAUAUUGAUACCAGUGACUAACAAAGUAAAACACAACUACAGUUAAAAUUCAAAUUGAGCUUGCUAAUUACAGGAAAAUUGGAUGAUACCAGUUAUUAUUUGAGGAUGAAAUGUUUAGUAAUACUAUACGCUUUAACAUGUUGAUCUGUUAACUUUGUUAUUUUAUAAGUUUAUAAAUUGUAGAAUAAAGCUUGAAACUAA